UGACAGGAUGUGCAGAGAGAUUUUACAGAGCGCCUUCAGACUAGAAUGAGGUUAAAAAGUAUUAGUAAUAGCAAGCAAGUACACAGACUGCUGGUGAACCUCAGAGCAGAAUAAAGGUCAGUGUUUGUCCUUAUCUAUCUGUCUGUCUAUGGGAAACAUUACUUUUUAUCAGUCUCUAAACUGUCUUUAUUGUUAGAUUUUCUAGACAGUGACUCCCGAGAUUAUUUUAGCUCUAACAGUAUUCUUUAAAUUUAGUUUUCUUACUUCCAAAGCAGUUGGAAUCCAGUUUUUGGUGCAACCACAACUACAGGCUUAGCCUCCACCCCCCUUACUCACUGUGAAUCUUUAGUUCAGAGAGGACUCAGAUUUACAUUGUUUAUGUAUCAUGUCUUUUAAGAUCUGUUUGUGAAAUACACUGAGAAGUCUACACAUCUGUAUUUUUAGGAAUGUAUUUAAUAGCUGUUUCUAGAAGCUAUGUGUAGUAAACGUUGUAAUGAACACUGUAACGUGCAUAGAAUGUUUAAAGUCGCCUCAUUCUGUAUUUCAUGUAAGCAUGUGUUUCUAUAGUGAUAAAUGAUCAAGCUAUGUAAAUUACUUCUCCAAGUCUUUGUAACAAAUUCAUGAUUGUAUCCUGGCUUUUAAAAUGCCUCUUCCUGCCUGUCUCUCUCAAGCAGCAAAUAUCUGUAUAAUCAUCUGGUUAUUAUUACUUUUACUUAUAAUUAAUGCCCUAUUUGUAAUUUUGUUUAAUAUUACAUAUCUUAAUAUUCAUGAAAUUGUUAUAAAAUAAAUAACACUUAUGUAGGACAUUGAACUGCAUCCUUUUCCCAUAAUGCACGUUAUGGAAACAGGCAUGUGUCAAACGUUAAAGCAGAAUCCUUUACAUCUUUAGAAAAUUGAUCUGUAGUUUCAAAAAACUCCAACCACAAGUGGCGUACUAAUGGGGGGACGAUCCACCCUGGGUGUCGCUCAUUAUGGGGUGCCACUCAUUAGGUUGGGUGCCACUGAGGUGGGGUGCCAUUGAACUGGGCUGUUGAGGAUGGCAUGGUCUGUAGGAUUUGACCGCUUCGCAAAUAAGAGGCAGCACAAAUCUGUGUCUCUGUUGGGGAUGAGGUUCCUGUGUUACAGCCGAAGAGUUAGAGUUCUGUUGUCUGCUGAUCUUAAUCAUUUGGUAAGUACUACAAAUUAUUCCCUUUUAUAGCAGCAGGUUCAUAGAAUAAUUUUUUUAAGCUCCCCUGUCGCUACUUAUAUUCUGUGCAAUUAUUUUCUUACUCUUGCAUUAUUUUGUGAGAAUACAUUUAUAUAUAAUUUUAUCUUGUAGUUAAAGGGACACUGUAGUCACCCAGACCACUUCAGCUCAUUGAAGUGAUCUAAGUGCAAGCUCCCAUCACCCAUCACCUUAGAGUGGUAAUUAUUGUUUUAUAAACUGCAAUAAUGACCUGCUAGGGUUAACGUCUCAUCUAGCGACUGUCUACCAGACAGCCACUAGAGAUACUUCCAGGCUUGAAGGCGACUUUUGGUCGGCUAAACGACGCUGGACGCGUUCACGCUAUGCCUGAGGACUUCCAGCGUCACUGGAUCCCCAUAGGAAAGCACUGAACAAUGUUUUCCUAUGGGGAAAUCCUAAUGCAAGCUGAGCCAGCACCAAGUGUCAUUGGCCCUGGAUGCAGGUAAGUGACAUAAGGGGUUAUUAACGCCUUCUGCACCAUGGGGGGGGAGGGACCUUGGCAAAUGGGGAAGUUAAAGUGCCAGGAAAACAUUUGUUUUCCUGACACUAUAGUUUCCCUUUAACGUGUAGUUUGUUUUUUGUGCACCUCUUAUUUUUAUAUUCUCUGUAUUACUGUGGGAUCUAUGUUGGGAUUUUACCUGGAAUGCUGACGCUGCACCAGUUUCCAUGUUUUCUUCACACAUUAAAAACAUGCGCAUUUCUACAAGUGUUUUUUUUUUCUGUAUUAGUAUAUUACGUAGGUAUCAUGUAUGCACACUGAGGUAUGCCACACAGCUGUGUCUUUCUUUUAUUUUGUUUCAGUUAUUGUGGCUCUUCCUUACAAUUUCAAAUGUCGGAUCUGUCCCAAUUGCCAAAUGCUCUAGUAAUGCCCUGUGCUCCAACAGCUGUUGAUCACAGCUGCCUUCACUGGACCCCACAACAAUUUUAAGGGCUAUCCUGAGUCAGCAAUGCGUGGAGUAAUGCAGGAGCAAUAACUUACUAUGUGCAUAACUGUUUUGUUGUUGAUCAUCCAUACAUUGAAAGCUAAUAAUGUAGUGUGAGUACUCUUGCAUUCAUAUUUAUUUAUAUAUGUAUUCAGUUGUGCUCAAAAGUUUGCAUACCCUGGCAAAAAUUGUGACAUUUUGACAUUGAUUUUGAAAAUAUGACUGAUCAUGCAAAAAUAAAUCUCUAAUAUUGAAGGAUAGUGAUCAUAUGGAGCCAUUUAUUAUCACAUAGUUGUAGUUGUAGCUGAAGUCACCCAAAUGGCCCUGAUUAAAAAUGUAUAUACCCUUGAAUGUUUGGCCUUGUUACAGACACACAAGGCGAUACACACAAGUUAAAAAUUGCAAUUAAAGGUACCAUUCUUUUACAACCAACAGUUAAAUAUGAAUCCCAUAAGAAAUAAAAUAAAUGUGUUUUGCCUGCUCACUCAUGUUUUCUUUAAAAAUGGUACAUGUAAUACCAAUUCUCCAAGUGUAUGCAAACAUUUCAGCACAACUGUAUAUGUUCUUAGAAGUGUGAAUGGAAUCUUGAUUUACCCAUAGGUAGGACUUGUUGGAUUUGUGGUGAUGCUUAUAGGAAAGUCUUUAAAGAUACAUCUCAAUGAAGUGGUCUAUUUGCAUUGCCCCUGGAAGUUUGUUCUCACAAUAUAAAACAUUGUCAUUUUGGAGAUACGGCAAUGCUUACAUUGCGGGGCUCAACACACAUCCAAUGGCGGUUACUCUGAGAGCCACCAUGUGGUGCUCCACAGUGUGAAUCGAGUCAGACUUUGUAAUUGGCAUUCAUUGUUUCACACAUUGCAUGAGGACAUCAUGCAUCCUCUGUUGCAUCUCAUAGAGAAGCAUUGCAUGAAAAUAAUUUGAUUUGAGGUGUGCGGGGAAUGUGCCUUAUGCAUGAGCUUUUGGAUCAGAAUAUUUCUUUUUGAGAAGCAUUUGAUUGGACGAGAACUCAGCAAAGUGUCUGACGAGGAGUCAGAGUAAGGAGGCAGAUUGGACAGUUUGAAGGACUCUAUCCCGGUGCCAAAAAAAAUGUAAGUGAAUGGUUUUUAGCUGUGAUUUGUUUUAGUUGUAAAAUAUGGAGCAGAUGUGACAUUGAUACUGGGGACCUUAUUCAAAGAAAAUGUAUUUGCACACUAUUGUUCCCCACCUAAUGCAAUGUUCUUAUUAGUGUACAGUCCCAAAUAUUGCCCAUUUUUUAAAUCAGACUCUAGUGUUUAUAACUGUGACAGUUCUAUCUACAAAAGUUAUGGACUAUCAUGUUAACAUAUAAAAAUUGAUCUCUCUCUUGUAAAAUGAUUGCAGCACAUUAGUUAACUAAAUGUUAACUAUGGGUUGUGAUAUCUAAAGACAAAACCAGUCUGUCAAAGGAUUUCUUAUUAUUCCUCUACUAAUAUAUACAUUAAAACUAUCGGACUAAAGAUCACGUUUUAAAGUUAUAUAACAGCAACAUUUUUAUUGUCUUUACAUUGUUAAUAUAUCAACAAAUUUGUUAAAGUUCUCUUACAAAAAUUUGUAUAGAGAGAUAGAGGGAAAAAGACCUAACAAAGGGAAGCUCUAAAACUGGAUAAAUAUAGGGAUCCACCAAAAAACCUAUUAAAAACAGAAUAAAUAAAAUCUGCUGCACAGGAAGUGUAGCAGUAAAAAUCCAGGAGCUAGUGAAUGUUAAAGGAUUAUUUUGCAGGAUAUGAUAUUAUUGUUGCAAGAAAUAAAAUUAAUAUGAAAAUUCAAAUGUGUGUGUAUAUACACAAACCAUAUAUGUAUGGCAGAAUUACCUCAUAACCCAGGAAACAGAAUUCUGGGAAAAGAGUAAUAUGUGCCAAAUUAUAUACUUUCACUCACUAACUUAGAUGAAAGCUGCAAAGGUUUAGAAAUAAAUGAAUAAACUAUCACCUUACACAAUGUGAUAAAAAAGUGUCUAUAGUUGGGCAAAGAGCCAGUACAUAGAGCUGGCUGCCCUAAGCAAUGAAUAGAAUGUAUCGCCAAAAAAUCGGUUAAAAAGUAACAAAGAUUUAUUGUUGCAUAAAUAUUUUUAUAUAUUUUUAUGCUACAAUAAAUCUUUGUUACUUUUUAACCGAUUUUUUGGCGAUACAUUCUAUUCAUUGCUUAGGGCAGCCAGCUCUAUGUACUGGCUCUUUGCCCAACUAUAGACACUUUUUUAUCACAUUGUGUAAGGUGAUAGUUUAUUCAUUUAUUUCUAAACCUUUGCAGCUUUCAUCUAAGUUAGUGAGUGAAAGUAUAUAAUUUGGCACAUAUUACUCUUUUCCCAGAAUUCUGUUUCCUGGGUUAUGAGGUAAUUCUGCCAUACAUAUAUGGUUUGUGUAUAUACACACACAUUUGAAUUUUCAUAUUAAUUUUAUUUCUUGCAACAAUAAUAUCAUAUCCUGCAAAAUAAUCCUUUAAUAUUCACUAGCUCCUGGAUUUUUACUGCUACACUUCCUGUGCAGCAGAUUUUAUUUAUCAACAAGUUUGUGUCUACAUAAUAGAAUGCUCACAGGUAAAGUAAAGUAAAGUAAUUAGAGAUCCCAUUGAUCUGAAACUGAAUUGUGAAGUAAAAACCAACUUUGUUAAAAUAUUUGGGCAUAUUCAAAACCCAAAACUAGGCAGGAGUGUUUUGACUAGCAUUUUUGGAAAGCCAGACAAACAAAAGGUUGUAACUAGCUGCAUCAUGUUUAUUUGAACAAGCUAAUCUAGUAAAGAAAACACGUAUCCUUUUUUUCCCCACUGCCUUGUUUUGUGAGCAAUCAAGCUACUUUAUAGCUUUGGGACUCCUUUUUACUGCUGCCCAUUUCCUAGCCCUAGAACUACAAAACCUACAAUCCUCUGGCCAUAUAUUGAUUUCUGGAAGAUGUAGGCUAUCAGGUGGGGUGCGAUGGGGAUAGAGUUUGAGAACCCUAUUUUAUUCCUUGUUUUACAUGAACACAGAAUGUUCAGGGUUAUCCCCGCUCUGUCCUUUCCAUAGAUGAGAAUCUCACGGGCCACACAUUUUUUCACUAUUUUGACAAAGAGAGCUCUUUUGUGUUGAAUCAGUUAGAAUACUGAGCAUUGUCAGAAGUCCACAUUCUCAAGUUGAAGGCCUAAAUCAGAUGAGAGUAAGACUGCUCAUGUGACACCCCAUUCAGUAAAGUUGCAGACUGAUAUUCCUUGCAGGAACACUGAUUCUGGUGCCUGAAGUCCGGGGCCACCAGGUCCUGCAUCACUACUAAACAAUUUGCUCACCAUUUAACAGAGGUGCUCGGUCCCUGGCAGCCUGCAGCCAGUGACCAAUUAUUCCAUAUCAAUUCAUGCCAGGGAUUAAUUAGGAAAAUGACUAGCUGAAAGCACAGAACUGACGUUGACAGACUAGCAUUUCCCUUUACAUAACCUCUGCCAUUUCAUUAUUGCUGGCUAGGGCUGCAGUGAGUAAACUGAUGUGGGAUAAGAUGUCCAAAGACUCCAGGCACCAUAACCACUUAAAUCAAUGGGUGCUUCCCUCUCUGUUAGUUAUCACCAACAGUUCGAAACGAAGACUUAGGAGUGAACUCAGAAGACUCUGAAAAAAAAUAACAUUUAAACCAUAGAGAACAAAGAGGUGGGAAAAUAAACUGAAUAACGCUUUGGGAUACAUGGAGGGUGGGGUUUGGUACAUUAGACUUCUCUUUAUUAAACGUUGAAGAGGGGCAGUAUUCCAAAUCUAAAAGUUUGACCAAUCAUUCCACUAUAUACUGAAUACAUCAAAUGUACACUGAACUCUACAUAGUAUCAGUUUCCCCACAUGUAGAUUUUCGACUUGAUGUGCAUGUUACAUUAAUAGGUACCCUACUCUAUGGUAUCUGUAAAGUGAAAUACAUUAAAGAAGUACUUAAAUUAAUGGAAUCCAUGAUUUACAAAUAAAAACACACAUGUUAAUAAUAAAAGGCUGAUACAAUUAUCGGAAGUUCACUUUAUUUACUAUCAAAUCAACUGAAACUGCAUUGAGCUGAAUGGGUUUCUACAACUGUCCAUUGCAUCAACUGUGUGCGAAUAGUUGAAUUAGCAAGCAUGUGAAAAUGAAACUCAUUUUAACAGAUAACUGAGCUGCAAAUUUAGAUGAAAAAUCUUAACUAGAAGAAUGGGUUGAAUUUGGUUAAAAUGGUUGAAUUUUAACAAUCAUAAGUGUAUUCCACUACUUUUCGACUCUUCAGAACUGUUACUUCUUUAUGUUAAAAAACAAUAUUUUAUUUACUUAUGCCUUGUAUUAACAACUGAUUAUUUAUAAGUGUGAGAAAUAUAUAAAACCUAGAAAUUAAUGACUCUUUAUCAUAUAUCUGGGUGGCUCCCUCGCUGUCAGUUAUUGUUAUAAGCUCUGUCCUUUGCACCCCGUAAUCAGCUAAAACAAAGCAUACAGAGAAGGAUAACUACUGAUUAAUUAUAAAUCAUCUUCUAGAUUUUAUUUAGUUGUAUAUUUUCGAAAGAACUGACAGUUUCCCAUUAAUUAAUAUAAUUGUUGCUCGAUAUUGAGUAAUACUAUGGCCUGAUAAUGACAACUGUGUAUCACUAGCUUUAGUUACACUCUCAUUAUGCUCGGCUUUGUGGUUAGUUUACCAUGAUUGGAAAAUUAUAAGCAAGAAGUUUAUAAACAUCUGAAAUGCCAGGGAUCUCUGACAUAACAUCAAAUAUAGGUUUGGAAUAUUUCAAAUUUCCUCUGAAGUCAUUGAAUUAGUAAAACUGGGCCCUCCCAUAAACUGUAUUAUUUGUCUGCAUUCUCAAUUUUGUUUUCAGUUCACCGUGCCCAAUCCUGCUCGAGGGGUGGUGUUGUCUGGUUGUCAGCAUACAAUGUGUUCAGGCUUGAAAAUAGAGCAGUGACUGGGUCUGACGUAAGGCAUCUGACAUUUUUUUUAAACAAAAAUAUUCAACACUCGUUUGAUUCAAAUAAAUCCUGGCUAUUUUCCAUAUAGCUCAUCAACAGUGUAUAGGGAUAGCAGCCAUUUUUUAGACAAUUUUUUUUCCUUAUCUUCAUUUCUAAACAAGCAAAACUAAAUUGCUGACUUGCUUUCAUAUGAUCUAUUGUCUGUUAUGAACUCUUGUCUCUGAAUUUUCCAGUGUAAUGCUUGCAUUACCUUAUAAAAUAAUGUCACUGUAGAAAAUAAAAACCAUUAGGUGUAGUAGCAAUACCAGCGCUAUCCAAAUGUUUUUUUUUUUUUUUAGUUUGAAGACUCAUUGUUAAAGGAACACUCCAAGCGUAAUAAUUCUUACAGCCUUCUGUAGUGGUUAUAGCGCUGGGUGUGGUUUGAUGCAUUCCCAAGGUAAGAUCGUAAAGUGUUUUAGCACAGUUUGUCAACUAACAUGGAUCCCAGUCAAACCAUACUAUUAUGGUUUGACUACUUACAUUGGGUGAGUGGCAGGGCAUUGCUGGCAUAAUAACCAUAAAGGUGUAUGGUAGUGGCUAUUCUGCUUAGAGUGUUCCUUUAAAAUGAGAGGCUAUAUGAAUUAUAGCCCCUGCACAUUAUUUUAUAAUCCCUACUUUGUUCAGUGUAUGUCCUGGCUUACCUUUGCUUUACGUAAGCCAUCUUAAAUCCUCUUUGGUUAGAAGAACCCCAUAUCUGAUCCUGAUCCUGAUGAAAGUUCCAGAUGGAACUGAAAAGUUGAUCUUUUAAUGGAUUUUCAAUAAACUGUGAGUUUUAACCUUCUAAAGCCCGAGAGUGCUGAUCACUAUUCACUAUAUAUAUAUAUAUAUAUAUAUAUAUAGUCGUCAGGACGAAAGCUUGAGGGGAUCAAGCAGAAACGUUGACUGUACUGUUUUAGUGGAGGUAAUAAAAGUUAAAUUUUAUUUAUAGUCCUUGGAGUGCUAUCAUUGACAACUAUUUUUAUAUUUUUGGCUGACAAGCACCGGGCAUUUAAUUUGGAAUUGGUGGAGUGCAAGAUCUAUUGGAUUUAUAUAUAUAUAUAUAUAUAUAUAUAUAUAUGAUCUAAGUAUAUAUAAUUAAAUUUUACACUGUUUUAAACAAUUUAAAAAAAAAGUUCAGACAGCAGGGGGAGUACCUGUCAUUACAGGUACUCCCCCUGCUGGCACUGCCUUGGACGGCCAUGCCGUCCAUGUGAUUGCGAGGUCCUCGCAAGGACCUCGCGAUCACAUGGCCCAGGGGGGCUGAAGAGGAAGGAGGGGAACUCCCUGGGCUCCCAGGUAAGUCACCACAGCGCGAUCGCCGGCUUGGGAUCGCCGGCAACCGGGUAAGUACAUAGGACGGCUGGGACGUGCUAUGCCACCCCCGGCCUUUAGAGCAAGUCCUUUAGGGGUUAAACAAAAUGCCAUUCAAAAUAAUUCUGCAGCUUUUUAAAAAUUAUUUUAAAUACCUACAAAUGGCAAUGUUGAGUCACCCACUCCAAAGCCAAAUGAAUCAUCUGGCAGAAUUAGUUGACUAAGAGGAACCUGCACUCCAUUCCCACUGAAUUACACUGUUCCCACUCACACAUCAACUUAAGCUUGUUUUAGCAGGGCCAUCGUCACCUGCUGUUCAUGUGUGGCCAACUUGUCUUGUUACUUGUAUACUUGUCUGUUAUCCCACAGCACUGUAAAAUUUGUUGGCACUUUAAAAAUAAUAAUAGUGAUAAUAUUUCACACGUUCAGUAAAACGGGAGAAUCUCUCCAACACAUUCAAUGGACAGAAAUAGAAGCAAAAGUAACUGAAGAGUCUGAACAUUGUGUGGGAGAUGAUGUGGACAAUGUCUAAAGCAGUGGUUCCCAAACCAGUCCUCAUGGCCCAACAACAGUUCGGGAUUUAUGUAUAUCCCUGUUUUAUUCCAAUGGAGAUACUAACAAAACCUGGACUGUUGGUGGGUCUUGAGGACUGGUUUGGGAAAUGCUGGUCCAAAGGAAAGGAAUCAACCAUACAUGCCCAAACCAUUACGAGAGUCUAUCAGAGCCCAUCUUAUUUUAUUAAUUGUAAAUAUCUGGGAUUAAUGUACUAAUUGCAGAAUUAGAGACCAUGACCAAAUUACUAUGUUUGCUGCAGGCACUUCGUCCGCAUUACGUUUGCAAACAAAUCCUGGAAGCUCAAAACUCAGAUAAUUAAAUAUUAUUAUUUAAAGAAAUAUCUCUAGUGUCUAGACAUUUGCCCUUUUAAGAAGGGUACCUUUAGGCAGGUACCUACUUUACCAAAAGGGAUAUCCAGCUCUAUUUGCUGGCUAGUUGCAUUGCGGCUGAUUGAUAGUUGCUGGUUGGCUGACUUGUGAUUGCUGACUGGCUGCUUAGGUGGUUGAAUAAUGGAAGAGCAUUAAUUAUAUUCAUUAUUAUUGUGCAGCAAGCACAAUAUUUUAAAUAUUUUAAAACACAUGUACUUGUUAGCAGAAUCCAAAGUACAUACACAUAUUUACUGAGUGGUGUGCUAAAAGGACCUCGAACGGGGGGUAACCCACAACCUUAAUACAACAUAAGAGUGAAACGCCUAUUGAAAAAAACAAAAUGGUUAUGGGGCUCCUCAUUACCCCUAUAACCAUUUUGGUUUUUUAAUGUAAAUAGGGCACUUUUGUGUCCUAUAUACCCUUAUAUACAGCUUUGUACUCUACAGCAAUAUGAAAAAAAUGGAACAAUAAUAAUUGCAUUCUAUUUAGCACUAUUUACCAAAUGUCUUGUCCUGAAUGGUUUAAAUCAAUAUGAUUACCAAUAAAUUAUCGAACUGUUGCAUAGGUAAGAUAUUGGUAAAAAUACAAUUAGGUACAUUUUUUUUUUCAUUCUUUAUUUUGUUCGUGCAUGUGUUGAACAUGUGGAGUAGCUCUGCCACAGCAGCUGGCACGUCCAGAUAUACAUUUUGCUUUUAAACAUAUGGCAUUAAAUAAAUACAGUGCACUUUUUUGUGUUAAUAGGGUAAGUAUGCAGGGAUGUCUUUUGUUUUAUAUAGUUAAAGGGACACUAUAGUCACCUGAACAACUUUAGCUUAAUGAAGCAGUUUUGGUGAAUAGAACAUGCCCCUGCAGCCUCACUGCCAUUUAGGAGUUAAAUCCCUUUGUUUAUGAACCCUAGUCACACCUCCCUGCAUGUGACUUGCACAGCCUUCCAUAAACACUUCCUGUAAAGAGAGCCCUAUUUAGGCUUUCUUUAUUGCAAGUUCUGUUUAAUUAAGAUUUUCUUAUCCCCUGCUAUGUUAAUAGCUUGCUAGACCCUGCAAGAGCCUCCUGUAUGUGAUUAAAGUUCAAUUUAGAGAUUGAGAUACAAUUAUUUAAGGUAAAUUACAUCUGUUUGAAAGUGAAACCAGUUUUUUUUUUCAUGCAGGCUCUGUCAAUUAUAGCCAGGGGAGGUGUGGCUAGGGCUGCAUUAACAGAAACAAAGUGAUUUAACUCCUAAAUGACAGUGAAUUGAGCAGUGAAAUUGCAGGGGAAUGAUCUAUACACUAAAACUGCUUUAUUUAGCUAAAGUAAUUUAGGUGACUAUAGUGUUCCUUUAACGCUAGAUGUAGAAGAAUCAGUGCUUAGUUGGUUUCUCUCUGAGCUGGGCUAAACACUGUCAGUCAGACAACUUGUUAUGCUUUUGUAUGGCUAUGCUGGGUAGCUGGUUAGAGGCUGGUGUCUUUACAAUGUCGAUUCUAUGAGGUUUCGUGUGUGUCUGGCUAUUUAGGGUGGCGUGAUCUCAAUGUGUAGGUACAUUUUUUUGGUGACAUUGUGGCACAUUUACUCCUAAAUGCUUUUACUAGAUGAGUUAUCUCUGUGGCUAUGAGAAAAGAAAAAGUAUUUAACAUGACAAAAAUCUUUUCAUAGGAAACCAUAGAAACCCAAACCAGAGAAAGUGCACUUAGAUGUUUUCUAGAUGCUGCUGUGGUUUCCUGGGUGUAAAAAUGUCUGUAAAUGUAACACAGAGGGACCUGUGAGGGGAGGUCAAAGAAGGCAUACAAUGCUAGUCAGGUUAUCCUUUUGUAGCUUGACUGGGAUAAGCAUUGCAUUCAAAUUAACCAUUUCAAUGCAUUAGCAAAGAGCACUGUACUAAUUUGCUCUGUUGUGUUGAAUGGGAAAACAAAACAAAAACCCAUCAUCUGUAAGACCUCAGUAUUUACUGCUGUCUCUCAUAAGACUUGAUGCACAUUACGCAUAUUAAAAUUUUAAAGAGGCCCACUAAACACCAUAACCAUUACAGCAACUUUUAGUGGUUAUGGUGCCAGGAGUGCCAUAACUACAUGUCAGUGUAAGUUAUUAAUCUAUUUAGAAAUAGUUUGAUACUUCUCUGGUGGUCCUACAAGUCUGCCUUGAUAUGUUAAAGCAGACAUACAUACUUCUGCACUAGCAUUCCAGCUUUGGGUAUUUUUUCAUUGGCAGUGUCCAUUUAAAUAUAAUUGACUAAUCUUUGUACUUAUACCAUGCAAUGUACUCAGCAGGAGAAGGAUGAUAAGAGCUUGUGGUGGCAGUUGCCUCUGGACUGCUAACAUAUGGGGAUUGUGGAUCGUAGAGUAACUAACAGCGUGAUGACAAGUUUGUUAGCAAAGUACUGCAGAAGUGAGGCUGUAGUCAAGAACUGUGCAGAUACUUUGCUAUAACAGUGGAUGUGUGCUUGGGCUGAUGACCCAAAAUCUCAAUGGUCUCUAAAUCAGGACUGGGUCACGGUGAUAUUUCCCUGGAGAUUGAAGUAUCUGGGGGUGGCCAGGCUGUCAGACUAUGGUGAAUAUGGAUGAUGUGGUGGGAUUGUUAAGUAGCUGCAGGUUAAAAUGAGACAUUGGUAUCAGCAAAAUAGAGUCGAUCACUUAGACAUGCAUAGAUUUCUGUUAAUGCUCCCUGGAGAGGGCAUGUGAUAUCACUAACAGCAACACCAGCAGUCUCCAUAUAGUAAACCAGGUGCUCUGGGGGCUCUGAUGGCCGAAGCCCUGAAUUUGAGUUUUGUUAGCCACAGAUCUCUACAGAUUAUUGAGAUGCUUCCACUUGAAGGCUGUUCCAUGUAUUUACUAUCCUUUCUAUAUCACUGUUAGCCCUACCACUUCCACUGGAGGGAUGUAUAGUGAUAUAGAAAGGGUAGUAGAUACUUAGCCUCUACCACUUCCACUGGAAGACUGUUCUAACAGUGAAUGUAUGUGUGACUUGUUUAUAGCAUUUAUGUGAUACACACAAUGUGCAUAUAGAAUGUAACACUAACUUCUGAACAGCUGAAAGAUCAAAAUUAAGUUAACCAAUUUUUUUUUUUUACUUUCAGGCAGCUGUUCAGCAAAUAACUCCCUAAUGGUACCCUUAUCUGAGAUUACCAUUAUAAGGAUACCAAAUUAGGGAGUUAUCUACUAAACACAACACCUUCCUAAUUUGGUACCUUUAAUUAUGGCAAUCCCAUGUAAGGAUAGGAUGUCAAAUGAGGGAGCUGUCUAAUAAACAACUGAAAGGUGAAAAUUAAGAGAAAAAAAGUCCUUUCCCUUAUUUGCUACCCUUAAUUAUCCAUGUAAACAGAUCGUCAAUACUGAUGAUCUCAGCCAGGAGUGUGACAGCGUAGGAUACAAACAGCUUUUGUUUCCUUUUACGGGGGACCCUAACUCUAAAUAGGCAAGCGAGAACUCCAACAUUACAUGUUUGUAUUUCUAACACAGUUUGCCUUUAAUUCUACACUGUAAUAUAAUUAACCACAUAUGUUUAAUAAAGAUAAACUUUUGUUUCUUAAGCAUAAAUGGCUCAUUAACCCCUUAAGGACUGGACUGUUUUUGCGAUGUUGUACAUUUGCGACCAGGCAUAUUUUUACACUUUUGUGGUGUUUGUGUUUGGCUGGAAUUUUCCGCUCUCUCAUUUACUGUUCCCAUACAAAUUAUAUAUUGUUUUUUUCAGGACAAAAGGGGCUUUCUUUACAUACCAUUAUUUAUAUAAUCUCAUGUAUUUUAAUUUAAAAAAAAUAAAAAAAUAUGAUGAAAAAUUGAAAAAAAUACAUGUUUUUUGACUUUUACUUGAAAAAUCUUUUACUCAUCUACAAAAGCGAAUUAAAAAAACUGCUAAAUAGAUUCAAAAUUUUGUCCUGAGUUUAAAAAUACCCCGUGUUUACAUGCUUUUUUGCUUUUUUUUGCAUGUUAUAGGGCUAUAGGUACAAGUAGAAUAUUGCGGUUUCAAAACAUAAAUUUUUUAAAUUUAUCAAUAGUGACAUUGUAACACUAUUAUCUGUCAUAAAUCUCUGAAUAACACCCCACAUGUACAUAUUUUUUUUAAAGUAGACAACCCAGGGUAUUCAAUAUGGGGUAUGUCCAGUCUUUUUUAGUAGCCACUUAGUCGAAAACACUGGCCAAAGUAAGCAUUCAUAUUUGUUUGUGUGUGAAAAAAGUAAAAAAACUAAAUUGAACGCUAAUUUUGGCCAGUGUUUGUGACCAAGUGGUUACUAAAAAAGACUGGACAUACCCCAUUUGCAAUACCUUGGGUUGUCUUCUUUUGCAAAUGGUAUGCCAUCAUGGGGGUAAUUCUCAUUCCUGGGCUACCAUACGCUCUCAAAGGCAACGUAACCAACCUGGCCAUUUUCAAUGUAAAAAUAUUUGACCCAUAUAUUUGACCUUGUAACUUUCAAAAAUACUAUAAAACCUGUACAUGGGGGGUACUGUUUUACUCAGGAGACUUUGCUGAACACAAAUAUUAGUGUUUAAAAACUGGAAAACGUAUCACAACAAUUAUAUCAUCAGUAAAAGUGCUGUUUGUGUGUGAAAAAUGCAAAAAAGUCACUUUCACUGACAAUAUCAUCGCUGUGAUAUGUUUUACUGUUUUGAAUCACUAAUAUUUGUGUUCAGCGAAGUCUCCCGAGUAAAACAGUACCCCCCAUGUACAGGUUUUAGGGUGUCGUAGAACGUUACAGGGUAAAAUACAGUGCUAGCAAAUUCAAUUCUCUGGAAUUUCGGCCUGGGUUGGCAGGCAGGUCCCUUAAAUUGCAAUCAAUAAAAUUACUGAAUUAUGUAAAACUAUUACAUAAAUACGCACGUAGAAUUUAAAUAUAUAUGCAUAUUUAUAUAUUUGAAGUCUACGUGUAUAUUUAUAUAAUUAUUUAUGUAAUUUUGUAUAUGGACAUAUGUAUAUUUCUUAUUAUUUUUAUUUAUUUUUAUAUACAUAGAUAUAUAUACAAAUUCAUUCUAAGUGUAUUUUGAUAUAAAUAUAUAUAUAUUAAUUUUAAAAUACAGUUAGAAUAAAAUUUCAUAUAGCUAUAUAAUUUUUUUUAAUUUUUUUAUUAUUAUUUAAAAAAAAAUUUAUUUAAUUUAAAUUACUUAUUAUUUAUAUUUUAUAAUAAUAUAUAUAUACAAUAUAUAUAGUUAUUAUAUACAUUAUAUAUAUACGUGUGUAAUUUAAUUAUAAGUGUAUUUUUAUAUUAAUAUAAGUACAUAUUAAUAUAAAAAUACACUUAGUAUGGCAUUAUAUAGAUGAUAUAUAGACAUAUAUUAUAUAGAUAUAUUAUAUGUCUAUAUAUCAUAUAUACACAUAUAUAAUUAUUAUUUUUUUUUUAUUAACACUAACUUUAUUUUUUUUUGAUUUUACACUAGCAGGGAGACUGCCUGUCAGCACAGGCAGUCCCCCUGCAGGCAGACACUAUGGACACCUAUUGUGACCAUGUGAUCGCUGUGUUAAGCGAUCACAUGGCCACAGGGGUCCUAAUCUGCCGUGGGGAGACUGUCUGGGCUGCAGGCAGUCUCCCCACAACCGGAGCCACGCUGAUCGCCGCCGGGGGAACGACGGCGAUCAGGUAAGUACCCCCAGACCGUUAGGACGGUUCAGGACCGUCAUCGGUCCUCAAGGCAAAAAUGCCGAUGACGGUCCUGAACCGUCCUCGGUCGCUAAGGGGUUAAAAGAUAGUGAAACAUGUUUAUCUUAUGACAUAAUACCUAUCCAGCUAUCCAUAUUAACAUUUAACCACACAUUAACUAAGAAAUAUGAAGGGAAUGCGUGUAAAAUAGUUUAUUAGUUGUUAUUAUUAUUAUUAUUAUUAUUAUUUUAUUAUUUAUAUAGCACCAGAAAAUUCUGUGGAGCUGUACAACUGAAACUGCAUAUAUAUUUUUGAAAUGUUAUAGGUAAAUAAUAAUAAUAUUGAAUUUAAAAAAAAUAGCAUAAAAAUUUACUGCUGUCACCACUUGCAUUAAAAUAAUAAUCAUUAUUUCUCAUUGAAUUCAAUAAGUCCGUUUGAGAAUUAUUCAACUGGCAGAUUUUGGCAAGUGCUGAGCAUGCACCUAUGAUAUGCAAUGUGUCUCUAUAAGAAACUAGUGAUUGGACAAGCACAUGUUUUAAAGUUAAACAUUUGAUUAAAAGGAUACUGUAGUCAUUAAAAAAAACUUUAGCUUAAUGGAGCAGUUUCAGUGUAUAGAUCAUGCCCUUGCAGUCUCACUGCUCAAUUCUCUGCAUUUUAGGAGCUAAAUCAUUUUGUUUAUUCAGCCCUAGUCACACCUCCUUGCAUGUGACUUUUACAGCCUUCCUUAACACUUCCUUUAAAGAGUCAUCUAAUGUUUACACUUCCUUUAUUGUAAAUUCGGUUUCAUUUAGAAGUUCCUAUCUCCUGCACUGUUAUUAACUUGCUAGACCCAGGAGGAGCCUCCUGUAUGUGAUUAUGGUUUAAUUUACAGAGCAGGAUGUAAAAAAAAAAAAAAUCAAAGUAGGUAGCAUCUGAUUGGAAAUGAAAUGACAUUUUUAUUUUCAUGCAGACUGUGUCAGUGUCGGGUUCAGUGUUUAGUAGACGGAGCCCAAAUUGCAGAGGAGCACUGAAGACAAUGGACCAAGUUUGCAGUACAAAAGGAUCAGACAAAGAGAGUAGUCAGGGAAGCCAACGGUCAGGACAGGCGGCACAAGUUCAGAAGCGAUGAUACAGGCAAGGGUCAAAAUCAGGAUACAACAGAAUAGUCAACUGAGUGAGAAGUCAAGGGUGUGUGUGGUUUAAAUAGGGAGAAUGGGUGGUCUUGUUCAUUGUAGCUCUCCCUGGUCUCCACCUCCUGUACCUUUAAAAGGAUCUGCUUCGGCAUGCUCACGCCCUUUGAUUCUCCUGAAGUUCUGUCUCCUGUGUGGUCAUGUGUGAGAAGUGGCAGCGUUCGUGUAAACAGAGUUCUGUCUUCUGUGUCGACAAACGGCAUUCACAUGAAUAGAGGUGUAGGGUCCUGCAGUGCAUGGAAAACAAAUAUGUUUUUCUGGCACUGGAGAGUCCCUUUAAACAGGGUAAAGACAACUAAACUACGGUCAUGUCACAUAGACAUGAAAGAUUGACAUACAACAUAUGUCAUGCAAAUAGGGAACAUGCAUGUAAGAUUCCUCAUUUGGGUGUUGCACAUAAAAAAAAACAAAAAAACAGGAAACCAGUAUCAACACAACUCAAUCUCUGUUAGUGCAAAUAGAAAGAAUGUAGCCUUACUAAGUAACUUGCACUGUAACCUUCUGGAAAAUAAUCUAAGGCUCAAAACUAGGAGAAUAAUAUAUGUUCAAAUCUUCCCCAUACUUUUCAUUAUUGAUAUUUGAUUGGUAAAUUGUUAUGUUAAUUUGUAAAUGUGAAUGAUUAAUUUAUAUAUUCAUUAUUUUCAUUCUAUAUACAAUAUGAUUAUAUUUUUUUUAUUCCAAUUAUCUUCAAUAACUAAAAAAAAUAAUAAUACAUUAAACUAAUAUAUAAAUAUCUAACUUUACAAUCUUUUAUCUUUAAAGAAGUGAAACUAUCUAUAAUGGUAAAAAAAUCAUUGUGAUCUUAUCUACAUGAAAAAAAUGAUGGUGUUUCUUGUUUCCCAUUUUCCCUUCUGUUUAUACAAUAUCACACUCAUACAGUGACAGCUGGGCUUUGUUAAGCUGAAUAAAGAGGACAAGUAUAGGACAGAUUGGUAUUUUGCCAUCAAGUGAUAUUGGUUCUUAAAAUGGUAACAUUUUUAGAACAAAGAGACAAAAAUAAUGAAUACACUGUGCAAUAAAUAAUCAUGCAUGUAUUUUUUUAAUUUUUUUUUUUUUAGGAAAUAAUCAUGCCUUUCAACAGUUUUCCAUUUUACCCGCAAACGAGAAAACCAUUUUUAUAUGAUACCAGCAUAGUGGAAAUCAUCAUUAUUUGUAGUGUGACCGCAUGCACAUUCAUUAUCAUAUUGCCAGGAAUCAGAGGAAAAUUGGUAAGGAUUUUCACAGAGAACCAAAAUAAUGAAACAGUUUAUUUAGUGUUAUAAGAGUAAAGAAUUAAAAAAAAAAAGUGCAGUAAGUGAACAACAACCUUUAUUCAUGCAUAAUUAUGCCUGAGUAUACGAUUUAAAACUUACUUGACAUUUUUUUUAUAUUUGUGUAUUCUAUUGAAUAUGCAGUUUUUAUUAAUAAAUAAUAACAAAAAUAUUUUUUACAUAAAUAAACUUAUGCUAUCAUUCUAUAGAGUACAAUUUAAUGGAAACAUUGUUCCAGGAAACAUGAUAACAAAUGUGGUUUUACAUAUCAGGACAUCAUCUGUUCCUUAGCAGGUCUUAAAAUUAGGUAAAUAUAACCUCAGAUGAGCAACAAUAGAUGGCAUAUUACACAGUCUCAUGAUUCAUUCAACUAAAAUAAAUCCAAAAUGGAGAAGCCAAAGUACACCUUAUGAAUCAAUAGCUCAUAGAACCACCUUUGGUAGCAAUAACUUGAAGUAAUUGUGUUCAUAUUACUUUAUCGGGUUCUCACAUUUUUGCAGAGGAAUUUUGACCCACUCUUCUUUACAACCUUGUUUCAGUUCAUUGAUGUUUGCUGUCAUUUGUUUUAGGCACAGCAUUUCAAUUGGGUUGAGGCCUGGAUUUCGACUGGGCCAUUGCAAUACCUUGAUUUUUUUUCUUUUAGCCGUUCUAUUGUAGAUUUGCUGCUGUGCUUGUAACCAUUGCCCUGUUGCAGAUGACCUCACAUUUGACUGUAGAAUAUACAGAGGAGUUCAUGGUCAACUUAAUGACUUCAAAGUUCCACCAUGCUUUACAGUCGGUAUGAGGUGUUUGUGCUGAUAUGCUCUGUUUGGUUUUGCCCAAAUGUGCGUUAUGACCAAACAGCUCCACUUUGGUCUCAUCUGCCCAAAGGACAUUUGCUGUAGAAGACUUAAUUUUUGUACAGAUGCAGCUUUGCAAACUUAAGCCGUGAUGCAAUGGCCUUUUUAUAGAGAAGAGAAUUACUACUGGCAACCAUUCCAAACAAAACAUACUUGUUCAGUCUUUUUCUAAUUGAACUGUUAUGAACUUUAACAUGCUAACUGAAGCUUGUAGAGUGUGAGAUGUAACUCUUGUUAUUUUUGCAAUUUUGCUAAGCUUUUCAUAUUCUGACUUUGGGGUGAAUUUGCUGGGACAUGCACUCCUGGGAAGAUUGGCAAAUGUUUUCCAUGUUUGAAUAAUGAAUGACUGUAAAAUGAUGGACUUUACAUUGUUUGGAAAUUGCCUUAUAACCCUUCCAAGUUUGAUGGGCAGCAACAAUUGCUUCUAUAAAAUCAUUGAUGAUAUCUUUCCUCCUUGACGUUGUGUUAACACACCUGAAUGCUCCAGACCAGCAAACAGCUUAAAUGUCGGCUUUUAUAGAACUGGUCACCCUUGCUGAUGAUCAAUUCAUCAGUGACAUUAGAUUAGCAGCAUUUGUCUGCUACUUAUUUUCUGUGGAAGCAGUAAGGGUGUUCUUAGUUUUUUACCCAUGGCUUUUCCAUUUUGGCUUUAUUUUUGUCAAAUAAAUCAUGACACUGUGUAAUAGGUCAUGUAUUGCUGUUAAUCUGAGGUUGUAUUUACCUAAUUUUAAGACCUGUUUUUUCCAUGAUUGUAAGUGUAGUGCUUACUUUAAAAAAAAAAAUGCAUAUAUUAUCAAUAGAGAAGUUCAAACAAUAAAUAUGCCCAAAUGGUGCCUGUAAUAUUCCACAAAGCCCAAACACAUUUAGGGGUGAACAGCUAAAAAAUGAGUACAAGGGAAUCUCUGGCUUAUUAUCUUUUACCAUACAUUAAAAAGCUCACAUCAUCUCAAGGGUAACCAUUAACCUCCUAUUCAAUUCAUUAUUAAAGAACCACAACAGUUUUCUAUCCAUAUGCAAUACCCUCUGACAACAGCCCCACUCUCCUCACUAUUGCCAAUAAGAACAUUCAAAAUACAGUCUGGGCAAAUCUUUGUAAUUUGUAAUUCUGGUAUUCAAGAUCUAUACCACCACAUUCUUCUUAACUCUCUGACCGCUUGAUUCUUCUCUCAAAUUUGGUAAUAAAAAGUAAUUCCUUUUUCUUUGCCAGCAGGGCUAGCAUAAAUAGGAAAAUCAUGGGAUAGCAAUGCAAAGAAACAUAAAUAAGUGCGAGCCCAUGGAAAUCGCAGGUUUGAACUGUACAUCUGUAUUACCUUAAACAUGAGCAGUCUUACCACUCAUUAAACACAUUAAUGGCAGCCAAUCACAUCUCACAUGACAUCUGGCAAGACACCAUCUAGGAACCAUUAAAUACCAUCUAAGAUGAAAUAUAGGAGAACAAUAAUAGAUUUUCCAGAUGAUAACCAACUAAAUCAACCCUCUCCCACUGCCUUAAACAGUCUGUGCAAGCUCCACACACUGAACUGUGCAUCAAUAUCAUGUCAACACAAGCAGCAGCAUGGCCAUUCACGAAACAUAACCAUGAUCUCACUUAGUAUUUAGUAAACCACAGCCUGUGAUGAUGACUUUAGCACAUUAAUAAUGGCUGCAGUAGCUAAUUGAGAAAACCAUGCAAACAGAAACUUUACAAAUAAAACUGCAUACAUUUCUCCUAACACACACACACACAAUAUAGUCAGUCAAGAAAAUGUGUAGCUUAGCACCUCAUUUCAUUCAACAUCUGGUAAGCCAUAGUCACCCACAAAUAUUCUCAAGAUAGCACAAUUGUUUAAAAAACAAAAAUGCUGGUACCUUUAUUACUUUACCGAGUGUAUAUACAAUUCUUUAUGUUUUUGUUUAUUUUUUUGUUCUUGCCAGUAAGAGAUUAGGAAAAUGUUUCUUUGAACUAUAUCUUAUAUAGUGUUACCUUCAUAUAUUUUGUAAAUAUGUCCUUGAUAAAACUUUGUAGAGAUUGUGUAUGGGCUAGUGCCUCAUUUAAAAGGACUUACUUCAAAAAUAUUCAUUUGUUUAAAGUCAACAUAAAAACUAUAGCUAUCAUAGCAAAGCUAUAAUAUCACUGGAAUAAAAAUGCACACUAUUUUAUAGUGAUACCACAAUAUUCUCCAUGUACUAGGUGAAAUUAUGGGUAGUUAUGUAUAGGGUUAGUGGGCGCCAGGAGAAAGAGGACUCAGGGUUAAGUGGUACUUGCUCAGGGUACCCGAGGAUCAGUGCCUCUUUGGCCAGUACCCUGAAUCCAUACUACCAUAUGUGACAAUAUUAAGAUUUAAAAUGAAUGUGACAAUAUUUAUUUAAAAUUAAUUUGUAAACUGUGAUAUGAUUGGAAAAUAUGCAUGUCAUUAAUGAUGCAAUUACUUGAAUAAUUAACACGAGAUUUGGAGUUAGUCAGUAAACUAACUUUAGUAAAAAAGGCAUUUAAACGUAAUAUUCCUCAGAAUCUGAUGUAUUACGACUUUGUAUUGACAUGUCCAUCAAGUUAGAGUACAAUUGUCCAACUGGAAUGUAUUUGUCCCAAGUGAGAUGAUUGGGACAACAACAUCAUUUGUUGCCUCUACAGAGUUUCGGCACUAAUUUAUCAACAAUUCUACAUGUAUCUUGACUGAUGCAAAGUCUAAAAACAUUAAAGUGUCAUCAUUUUAACUAAUAAAUGACAAUUCCAUUUGAAUUAAAUGGCUUCGAAAAUUGCAUCAAAGUUAUACUCUGACCAUUGCCACAUGAACAAAAUAUCAUCAAUGGAUCUCAUUUAUAAGGAUAAAACUUAAACUACCCUAACUGUGAUAAAGUGCUACAUUCGGAGCAAUCAGUGGGGAUAUCUCAUUAAUAUGUGUGGGUGUUGUUAGAAAUAUUGUAUGUAUACAUAGCAUUAAUCCAUGUAUAAGUGCUAUAUUUGGAUAGCACUUAAAAGUGCUAUCCAAAUAUAGCACUUAUACAUAAUUUGUGUGGGUGUUGUUAGAAAUAUAGUACUUAUCCACCCAUGUAUGUCAGUUUAACUUUGAUAAUUAUAGCCCUGUUUUUUUUCACCAAGAAAGUUUGUGGAUAUUUGUGGAUAUUCUAUUGCAUUUAUCCCCAGGCAAAUAUAUCCAUUCUGCUAGCCAAGCAUUCAUUGAGUAAAAUAUCUGGCAACAUUAAUUGAAAGUGAUUGUUAGUGUAUUUGAUUAUAAUAUAGCCAUAACCAAACAUCAGUCCAAAUAUUCUAUGAUUAUAUAUUGAUAUUAUAUCAAAUAAUUAUAAACAAAAAUCAUUGUUAAAUAUAAGUGCAGUUGUAUUGUCAAUGUUUGCUUAUACAAAGUCUAUAACUGGAAUAUUUCAUUAGCAGUGUCAAGUGAAAUAUGUACAAGCGGUCCUAAACAAAAAAAAAAAAGCAUGUCAUAUUCGCUAGAAGUGUGGUCUUUUCAUUUACUGGAAAAUGAGAAGUUUUUUGUAUCCAAGCAAAAUGUCAAGAGCAUUGAUUUAUCAGUGAUGCACCAGUUAGUGGAGCAUGGAAGCUAAUUUUUAUUUUAGACCUAAUUUGGUUUAAACAUAUUUGAUGUUGGAAUGUGGCCUGUCCAUAAUUUGAUACACAAUUUUUUUUACAGUUGAUCCAUAACUUAUAAAAUGGCACAGAGUAGACAACUUUUCUCUUAAAUUAAUAUAUAUUAUUUGGUCACAUGACUUUUUGUAAUUCUUUGUUUGAUAAGCUAUUAUUUUGUUUGUAUUAUUCACAGAGACUGUUUUGGCUUUUGAGAGUACUGACAAGUCUUUUGAUUGGUGCUGUGAUUUUAGGUAUGUAUAAUUAUUUAAAAAAAAAGACAAUUUUCAAUUGUAUUAGAUAAAAUACACAAUGAGACAGAAUACUACAUUUAGUUAAAUGAACAGAAAAAACUAUUUAAAGAAACCCUCCAAGCACUACAACCUGCUGUACAAGACACAUCAAGUAUUCUCCAAGACAGAUUCUUCUACAGAGCAAAAUGAGGUGAUGCAGGGCCUUCUUAUUGGCAGCUUUCCAAUGAUUGUGGUAACAUCUGCCUUCUCUUACUGGAUGUAGCUCAUUAGACGCAUGACCCGCAUGGUCCAGUUGGACCUAUCCGUUUUCAAAUGUUGCUAAAAUAGUUUGUCAUCUUACUGUGCGAUGGCUCCAAUGCACUCGUGGCACCACAACCUAACAUGGGUAAGGGUUAUGUUGAUUAGAGUGUUCUUUUAAGUGAAGAAUUAUAAACCUUUGAUAUGUUUUAUUUCAAUUACAGUAUUGAUCAGAAAAGUACUGAGAUGAAAAUAAUAUAUAUUUUAAAAAAUAAAUUAUAUAUAUAUAUAUAUAAUUGAGUCGUUAGCAUAUUAACUGAGAAUAUUAUGUUCAAAUGUUAUGAUAUACACUACUUGCUGAUGUGCCCGAAAAGGUAAAAAUAUUUGGAAUCUAAGUGGAAUGCUAUAAAGUCAAGGGUCUGGUUUUAGAACCUUUUCAUUAUUGGCUCCAGUUUUUCUGAAAAUCUACAACUGCAGGUUUCAUUUAUCUCUCUGUAUUACAAUCUGUAAUGAUUUUUUUUAAUCUGCCAUUGUACAUUUUACAUUCUUCUACUAAUCCUCUCAUUCUGUGUGUUGAUUUAACAUACAAAAGGCAGAGUUUUGAAUAACAAGCAAAUAUAAGAUAUAGGUUUGAUACAAUUUACCUUUGGGCUGAAGGCCUUGUUUUUACUUUGCCUCCUAGAAAUUCCCCUGAUGCAAGAUAUUUUCUGAACCACUACUUAAAAUUAUUUCUGUGCUUGGAAAUGUGCAUUAUAGUUUGGAUAGCCUUGGGACAACUAGGUUGCACACAUGCAAACACAAAGAUACAAACAAAUCCCAAGAUUUAUAUGUAUAUUUACAUACAUACAUACAUACACACACAUAUGCAUGUAUCUAAACACAUUCCUAAUAUCACUACAUACAGAUAUAUUAUUGAAAUUAGUACAUUUGCACAAAAGACAACAUUUCUAAUUCCAUUGUGAGAUAGUUCAGUGUAUAGAGCUCCACGUGCAGUAUUUCAGAGUAGCCAGUUUAAUGUCUAGAAAAGUCAGAGCUUUUCAUCCUUCCAAACUCAAUGAAAUUAAGUUGAGUGAUAACUAAUAACUUCUAAACCUAGGGGAGGACUUGAAACUAGCAAGCAGCUAAAUGUAUCUAUCCUUGUUAGAUAUUUACCAUUAUCAUUAUUAAUUCCUGGUUCAGAGAAUAAACCUUUUUAUAACAAAAAUGCACAUUAUGCUUGAGAACCAGAUUGUUACAAAACAUCAGUAAUCUGGGAAUUAUAGAGAAUGUAGAAAUGGAUUACAAAUUCUAGGAUAGAAGUUAACCAGGAUUGCUGGAUAGGGACAUUAUCCCACUUGGGUUAUAACUGCCUAAAAUUUGCAAUAGCCUUGUCAAUUCUCACCAGUUUUCAGUACUUAUAACCUUUUAGCAUUAAAAUGCAGUACGCAUUAUGAAUUCAUUGAUGUGUUAUAUGAAUGAAUAAUACAUUUUAAAAUCAAAUGGCAUGAAUAUCCAAUUAAUAAUCCUCCAAUAACUCAUUGUGAAAUGAUACAUACCAAUAUGAUUACAUAUGUGUCACCCAAGAUAUUUAAAACUGUUUUAGAGAUUUGUUGUCAGAAAAUAUAAAUAUCAGUCCAGGCAACAUUCAUGUGAUAUUAAUUAAUGUAAUGUGUCCAUCAACCUAGCAAUUUAAAUAACAGCUAAUUAAUUUCAAUGAUAAUUGACAUAACUAUUUGUAGAUUGAGCAGAUAGAUAAAAAUCCUGAAAAGAAUAAACAAUGUUCUAUGUAAUCAUUGCAAUGCAUCAUACAAUAUACUUUUAGUACAGGGCAAUAUUACAUUUAUCAUCAUAAAGAAAGUAGGAUAUACAAUGGAGCUAGCUAACUCUACGUCAUAUAUUUGUCAUUUUAGCAUUUCAAGACAGUAGAAACCAUUUAUUUUACUCUCACAGAGUUAUUCACUGAACUCUGAUUUUUUGCUAAUUAUAUCCGAAUACAAAAACUGAGGCAGAAAAUCCCAAGUUGUGACUAUGGCUUAGUUGGAGAGUUUUUCCAGGUCAUCUAUUUUUCCACAGUUUUUCAUCUCAUUGAGGUGGUCUGGGUACUUUGUCCCCUUAACCCUGCAUGUAAAACAUUGCUGUUUCAGAGAAACUUCCAGACAUUUGGACGUCCUCACACUUAAAAGUACAGCAUCUUCAGAAGCUCCAUAGGAAAACAUUAAUGGGGAAGGCAAAUACAAAAAAAAAAAGUCCUGCACUCACUCCCAUCACUCCUGGGCGGCAGCAACGACUACAGAACACAUCAGCUAAUACAUAUAGUAAAAACCAAAGGAAAAAAGUUACCUGCGCUCUCUCCUUAAUCCCUAUGUAUAUUUAAACAAAUGGAGGUCAUUUAGUUACUCCAAUGGCCACUGGAGGGAAUGCCCGGCUGCCAACGUCAAAACAGACCCCCCUAGAGACCUAAUGAUGUGCAUGUGCUUUAGGUUACCCCAUUGCUGUGAUGUUGAUGUUGUGGGUCCCUCUGCAUUGGAAAGGGCUGUGGCCCAAACCUAUAUUUAAUUGUAGAGGAACACUAUAGCGUUAGCAAUAGAAUUUUGUAUUGCUAGCGCUAUAGUGUUCCUUUAAUUUGUACAAAUUCUGGGUUUAAUGAAUGACCAUGUCAGUGUUAUUCUGCUAACUAGGAAUAAAAGACUGUUAUAGUCUGUUAACCGGCAAAUUUGUAUGCGUUUGGGAAACAUAUUUGGGCUAAUUGCAGUCCCUGGUCAGUUCUUAACAAUUUACAGUCUAGUGAAUAAUUCUAUGUGUGUCUGUUUAUAUUUUCAAUAUUGUUUUUGGUUGCUUAUUAAGAAAAAUAAGAAAAAAAAAGUUCACUCUGCUUAAUGCCAGAGUUUUCCCUUCAGUUGGGGGUUUUCCUCCUAUAUAUUGCCAAUCCAUAAGGUGGAAUGGGACCAAUGGCUGGUUGAUUAUUAGUAUGUAUAUAGCACUAACAUAUUCCUGUUUGUAUGAUAUUACAAUGUAUAUUAGGUGGAUGUAUAUCGUUAGGCGUCUUGCCCAAGUACUGGAUGUGGUCUGACCAUGGUUGUAUGAUACCUGCAGUGUGAGAUGUGCAAAUAUCUUUGGCUUACACGCCUCUGUCUCACUGUUGCUGUGAUCCUGAGCAGGGCCAUCAUCAUGUGCAGGGGAGCUUUAAGUCUCUUAAAAAUGGUUAAAGAUGUAUGCACUAGAGAGUAAAACACCUCACAUCGCAGCUCCUGGACCACAAGACAAAGAAAGUGCAACGUUCAGAUUGGGUGACCUACACAGCUCGGCCUAAAGGCAACACUAGUUGAUUUUCAUCAAUGCAUUCAUGAUCAGUUAAUUAUCAUCUAUAUAUUAUUACUGUAUACUUGUAUUACUAUUGCAUUUUGAGUAUUGGAGUUGUGCAGAUCAGUUUCAGAUCAAUAAAUCUCUAUAAUUAAAGACCAGUAACAGAUCUUAAGAUGCAAUUAAUCUCUGACUGUUUUAUCCAUUUUAGCUGUCAACUUCACCAGAGACUGGGAAGUAGGAAUGGUUACAACCACAACUGUCUACAAGUCUUUCAGCAAUGAAAUGGUUAAUGUCAGCAUUGGACUUUGGGUUGGUUUGAAGGGCAUAAACAUAACCCUGUCAGGUAUGGUAUGCAAUGUACCAGCAGCCAUUACUGUCAGUUCUCUUUUCAAAGAUAGAUCCUCAUGUCAGAGCUCCAAUUAAAGAAGAGCAAAGCAUUAUGGGAGAUGUUCUAGAAGAAGUGGUCUCAUGGCAGUUCUAUUGUUGCAGUAUUUGUUAUGUUUAUGUUGCAGAUUGUCUCUUGAGUAAACAAGCCAUUCUAUAUAGCAUUUAAUAUACUGAAUGCAGAAAGGCCAGAAGUAUGCUAUAACUUGCAUUGGAAAACAGGAAGCAGGAAAUAGUCCUUAAUCUCAGGAGAGGUGUAAAAACAAGUGUUGUCACAAACACAGCACUUAGAGAAAUACAUGUUUUCACAAAUACAAUAAUCUAGUAAAGCUCAUAGAAGAACAUAUGUUUUUUUUUGUUUGUAUGAUGUUUUUAUUUUUAUUUUUGAAAGACAGGAUAUUCAGAGAUGUAAUAAUUAAUAAACCUAGAUGUUUGAAAGGACUGGAUUUCCAUCUGUGUUUCCUGUCGACAGAGAAAUGUGAAAUACCUUCCAAUAUAAAACAUUGUAAAGAAAAGUAAGAAAAACAAAUGCCACAGACUAUGGAAAUAGCUUGGUUGUCAACAAAUGUUGACUUAAAUAUAGAGAAUUAAUUUCACCAAAAUUUCCCUUUUAUGUGAAUUAAGACACUAGAGUCACCAGGCAUCUGAACACCCCUUAAGGACACAGCUUCUGGAAUAAGAGGGAAUCAUGACGGAAUAUUUCCAUAAUGUGUCCUUCAGGGGUUAAUAAGUGAUAUCUUCCAGAAGGCUACUGGCACUCAUAAGUACAUAAGGUGAUUUUUUUUUUUUCUAGAGAGUAUUUUAAGCUACCUGGCACACAUCCAUUGUUUACUAAUGAGUACCACUCCUGAAGUCACUUGUUCAGCUGAAAAUACACCCUUUUAAAAUGUGUCUGUAUAAGCCUAAUGGUGGGUUGCAUACAGUUAAAUGCUAAAUAUAAUAGUUGAGUUUUCAAUGUAGGAUUUGAACACAUUUGAAUAUUUACUACCAUCACCCCUCCAAUAAAUAUACAUCUACCACUUGUUAGCAAUGCCCUUAAAUAAAGUACAUUUGAGUUAAUUCUCUUAUCAAUUUUCCUACAGACUUGGAGGAAUUGCUACUUAGUAAGAAGAGUUAAUCUUUCCUCAAAUAGAAUCCAGACCAUUAUCUUUAUAGCUGUGAAAACUGAAAAUUACACCUUAAUUUAACUAGAUGUUUGCCUAAUUUAUGUUUGUGAAUCUUGCAAAUUGUAUGUUAAAUAGGCCUAAAACAUCCCGAACAUUAAUUUGAAUAUUUUCAUGUUAAGGUAUAUAUCAAGAAAAAGAACAGAAACUGGAUUAAUGCUUAUCAACCAGGCAAAAGGAAAAAAAAAGGACGCAAACCAGAAUGUAUGGGGAUCCCUAUGAACCCAUAAAGAUAAAAAGUGAUAAAAACUAGAAAGGUUAUAAUACAAUAAUAAAGAAAAACAAACUAAAUUAAAGUAUGAUAAAACAAGUUAAAAUAGCCACAGUAAAAAUCUGCAAAAGGUGCUUAAAAAUAGUGAGACAUAAAAUAUAAUAGUGCAAAGUCACUAAUAUGAGGUAAAAAAAUAUCAGAGGUAUCCAAGUAAACAGUUUUUCCUUGAUUGGGGAAGCACAGUAGGAUUUCAGAUAACUUGAUAGUCUCCAUAUGAGUGCAUAUAGAAAAAAAAGAACAAAGAGGAUUCCAAUAAUGCAUACAAGUAGAACUGAAAUGGCAAAUAAAAUGGGCUUACUCACAUUUGGCAGAGCUAUUAUCUGCUCUGGUGUGUACAGCGUCCAGUGGUAUAGAUCCCCACUUGUAGAAUAUGAUGUUGAUGUUCACAGCAGAAGAGUAGCCAUACCAUUUUUUUACCUCACAUUAGUGACUUUGGACUAUUAUAUUUUAUUUCUCAAUAUUUUUAGGCACUUUUUGCUUAUUACUACUGUGGCUAUUUUAAAUUGUAUUAUCAUUCUUUAGUUUAGUUUUUUCUUUAACAUUCUUUGUUAUUAUUGUAUUACCUUUUAGUUCAAAUUUUCCCUUUUUUUGUGGCUAUCCAUUAUGAUUAUUAUUAUUAUAUGUGGCACAGCCUCCUUUCUGGUUUAUAUCACUAUAUAUCAAGAAAAAUAUCAAAUGACUUGUAAUCAAUAUUUCAGAGGCUUUCUGUUUUUAGAAUAUUUCCAUUGAUACCAAUGUUUCAAGUUUAAAAAAAAUGUUUACUUUCUGUUUCUAUUGCUUUUUUAUGUUAGUGUCAGUAUUGCAAUCAGGUAGGAUGGGGAUUAACAUCUUCUGGGAUUUUUGUAGCUGGGACAGUCUAAUUUCCACAAUGCUUUAGGCGACAACCUUAAAACAAUGUUAAGUCUCCUCCUUCUCCAUUGAUAUGCCCUCAAGGCAGUGCUGUAUUUAGUGCAAGGCUGACAAGGUAUUUUCCUUGGGCUUCACUUUCAGAGGGGUGGCAAAAAAGGCACCCCCCAAAUACCCGGCAGAUGUCUUGUUAGCCUCUUGCCCUUGGUGGCCCUAGAGAUGACCAGCUGGCCACCUUGCCCUCCACCCCCGAGGUUGGCAUCUGCUGAUGCUGGAGACAGGUGGCAAGAGAGCACUCUCCCCUGAUCUCUCCCUGCUCUGCUGUCUCACUCGCCACAGUGAUGCUGGAGCCGGAAUAUGACGUAACUCCAGCCCCAGCAUCACUGAGAGGCACAUUAGGGAGCUGAGCAGGAAGAUCAGAGCUCCCUCACUGCCUGCAUUGACCAACCACCCGCACACCCACCCAGCAGUUAAAGGAUCCCCACUGGACCCCAGGGAAAUAGGGAAUCCACUCCAGCACUCCCAAAGGUAGGAAGGCUGGGUGGAUUGAAUAAAAGAAUUGUGAGUGUGUCUGUGUCUAUUAGUGAGAGUGUGUGUUCCUAUUAGUGAGAGAGUGUGUGUCUGUUAGUGAGUGUGUAUGUGUGUCUGUAAGAGUGUCAUGUAUCUGUGUCUGUAACUGUUUGUCAGUGAGAGUGUAUGUGUGUUUGUCAGUGAGUGUAUAUGUGUGUCAGUGAAUGUGUAUGUGUCUGUCACUUAGAAUGUGUCUGUCAGUGUGUGUAUGCAUGUCUGUCACAGAUUGUGUGUGUGUGUGUAACUGUGAGUGAGUGUUACUAUAAAUGAGUAUGUGCGUGUGUAUGUUUCAGUGAAUGCGUGUGUUGGUUAAACAGUGUGUGACAAUGACGUUGUAUCUGUUAGUGAGUGUCAGUGAAGGCUUGUGUCCGUCAGGCAAAGAAUGUGUUGAUUUUAAACAGGAAGAGAAAUUUAGAAGGGAGGUGCCCAAAUAGUGUCAUGUCUAGAGCAGCACUGAACCAGAAUACACCACUGCCUCAAGGCCAUACAACAACAGCUCUGCUUAAACCUUUAUUACAAGGUUUUGCAGUUUGAAGCAUAUAAUCCAGCAAAUUAUAAAUUGAAAAGUUCAGAAGUGGUUCUCCUUGGCUUUUCCUAACCCUAUGCAAGUGGUAACAGCCUACCAUGGUAUCCAAGAAUUUCAGCCCAGGAUGAAGGAAAACGUGAAGAUUGAUUUUCAUAUAUUAAUUGAUUAAUUAGUUAAUUCACUCAUUCAUUCAUUCGUUCAUUAAUUCCCCUUGAAGGUGAGGAAGCAGCUACAUAGCUCAGCUUUAUUGGGCAGAAAGAGUUAGUUGUGAUCUACUCUUUAAGGCCAUCUGUUUUGCUAUCCUCACCAUCAAUGCCAACUUAAUUUCAUCUGAUUCUAAUCCCUUUUUUAUCAAUUAAUCAUUUCAAUAAAUCAGUCUCUGGAUUUAGUCCAGAAGCCAAGUGCAAUUAUGUUACUAGCACUCACACAAAGUAAUGAAUAUCUACAUUUCAAGAGACUCCAGAGCCCUCUCUCCAUUCACAGUGGACGCCAGCCUUGUAUUUAGACAGUCACUGCAGAAGAUACCUGAAUGACAAUCUGAUGUAGUCUUCAAAACAAAAGACUGUUUUAGAGAUACUCAUUUUAUUAAAACCUUUUAGUGGACAAAGUGGAUUUAUAGUAUUAUACGGCACUACAACAGAGGUAUAUGUAACACAGCAGAAAGUACUGAACAUAUUGCAGACAAUGUACUUACAUUGAGUGUCAUAUAACACAGUCAUUCUUCACAGUCUUAACCGUGAGCGACUCUAAAAUCUGAAGGUCAUGUUGUUCUCACUAAUACUUUCUCUACGAAUGUUCUUGAUCCAAAGAGCCAGUGUAAGAUGGUAUUUGUUAUAAGACAAUCAAUGCUUUAAUUAUAUUUCUUUGCAAUAAAUAUAGCUUAGUCACUUGAUAAUGCACUUACGGUCUUCUGCAAUACAAGAUGCUUUUGUGGGGGCAGGUAUUAUAUUGUUAGAGAUGAAAAUGUGCCGUAGGACUUUAUUGAUAUGUUUCUUCAAAAUUUAAAGUUAAAUGGAAUUGUUUCUGUCUUUUCAUUGUAGGAAUUCCUGUGCACCAAAUUAAUGAAACCAUUAAUUAUAACGAGAUAUUUGACUGGGAGACAGGCCACAUAUUUGACAAAGAGUAUGCAGAUGGCUUAGAAAGAGGUUUGCCAAACCCAAUACUAUAUGUGGCUGAAAAAUUUACCAGCGGAAAUCCCUGCAGGCUUUAUGAACAAUACAGCAUUGGAUCAUACUAUGCAUCAGCACUAAUGUGGUAAGCACAUAACAAAACAUAACUUUUAAUGUUGAGUGCUUGUUAUUAUUAGUUUUUACCAGUGUUAACAACUAUCACACAGUAGCAUGAAAGAGACAACCAAAUAUACAACUGUGUCAUCUAAAAUGUAAGACUUUAGUGCAAACUCUUCCAGUAGCCGACUUCUCCCAUACAUGAAACGCAUCUUACCCUUACCACUUGGGUCAUUUUACCCCACCCAACUUAGAAUGUAAGCCUUCAGCAUCCUCAGUUCCUGGAUGUCCAACUUGCCUUGUUGUUACUACUUGUUAUUCCACCUAUAGUACUUAAUUACACUUUAUAAAUAAUAAUAAUAAUAAUAGAACAUGCUAGUUGCCAAUUAUUUAUAGAAUACAGUAUAGAAUAACUUAGAGAUGAAGUACUAUAGAAUCAAUAAUCAGACAUAAGAUGAACAAGAGACCCAAUAAAAUCAUUAUUACUUUUUUAACAAAUACUAUAAUGUUAAAGGACAACUGUUACCUCAAAACUAUUUUCAAUAUAAUAAUCUUUUCAUCAAGUUUUGAAAGUAAAUAGAUUUUUUUUAAUGACGUAUAUGUAAAAAAAAAAGAAACUCAUCUUUCCCUUUUAUAUAUUACAGGAUCCUUCAGCCUUUAAUAUAUGACAAGAUCCUUCAGCCAUUUACAUGCCCUUUGGGUCAGACUGUGUUUGAAAACAGACAGUUAGUCUCUAUGGUUUUCAAUGAUUCACUCCUUGAACAGAAACAGGGAAAACUAUCACUAUCUGACCCUUAUUCAAAAAUAUUAAACUGAGGGCAAUAUUAUCUCCCUUUUAAAUAUAGUUCCAAAGAGAUACUCAACCCCAGGACACUAAUACUUAAAAUUUUAACACAGGUAAGGUAUCACCAUAACCCCUGGCCCUCACAGUCCCUACCCUGCUACUGACAUAGCAAAUACAGUACACCUAGUACUUAGUUAUAAGAGACUGAAGGUGGGCUCAUUAUUUUUAGCUGAAUUUGUAACUGAGAAUUCAGCUUUUACUAAUGACCUGUUCAUAGGACCCCUAAGCCUUGAUAAAGACUUUUGACCCAAGUAUUCAGACAUUGACACAAGAAAUGCUGGAAUGAAGUACAUAUGAGCGAGUCCACGGAUUGUGUGAGACAUUUAUAGGAUUCCGAUUGAGAUGUCUUGAUAAAUCCUGACCAUAGCAGUACUUUAAUAAGUGAACAAUAUGGAAUUUGAAUAUUUCCCUCUAACAGAGUGCCCGUAACAGCAUUAUUUUUUUCACUAGAUAUGGGAUACAAACAAUGAUUUCUCUUCAGCUGCUGAUUAUAUCUGGCAGAUUACACUACUGAACAUUAGCAAAUUUACACUGUACUGUAAUUAGAAAAAAAGCCCUCAAUAAAUUAUAACAAUACUAAAUCCAUAAAACCAGCCAUUAGACCCCUUCUUACUUAUCACCAUAUUAUUAUUAACUGUAUUUAAGGCCCAAGGAAUGGGAUGGAGAAAAGAAGGGAUACAGUCAAUGUGUUCUCUCCUGACAAUUCACUUUGUAAGUGAUUACCUAUAAUGUGAAUGACUGUGCUCAAGUCUGGCACAUAUAUCCGUGUACACAGAGGAUGUUUGCAAAAUGGUUAGGGCAUAUGGGCUAUAUGCAAUAUGUAUUUGGCUGCAUCAAAGUAAUGUUCCUUUGACUGAUUAUUUCCUUUGUGGAAUUUCUUUAUUUAAUAUUAUUUGUUUUUGUCUAUUAUAGGUUAGCCUUUUGUUCAUGGAUUUUCUGCAAUGUGCUGUUCUCCAUGCUAUUAUUACAAUAUGGGAUUUAUAUGAUGAUUUCCACUUCUUUGUGCAUUAUAAUUUCCCUGAUAUCUUUUGUAAGCAUCAGGCAAGAAGCCUGUAGUAUCAUGUUUGGUAUUUCUGUUUUACAACCAACACUUGGACUUUCUUUCUGGAUAAGCUUAGGAGCAGGUAAGUUACAUACUAUAUAUUUGACAUUUUUAUUUAUGUCAUUCCACAUGAACAUAGUAUACUAUGAGCAACAUUUAUAUCCAGUAUACAGAGAGAAAUAAAAAGACAUCAAAUUAGCACAAAAACAAAUUGCAUGUCAUGUAGAAUGUUUUCUAUAGUAGAAACAGUAGACUGCAAUAUAUAAUCAACUGGCUACCCACACAUGCAUGAGGUGACAGUUAAGUAACAGACAGACCUAUUAAGAUCUAUGCAAAUGUUGGAGUUCCCGUUCUCCUGAACUAGGUGAAAAAUUGAAUGCUAGAAGACAGUACACUGUAGAGCAUCCAGAGGGGAAAGGCGAGGAAAGGAAAACAACAAAGUGGGGUUUCACAUGAAUUACUGUGACAGUAGAAACAAGAGAGGUAGUAAACCCCACAACCCAUUAUUCAUUAAUGUAAUAUGGGAAAUAGAGAUAUGGGAAAGUAAAAGAAAUGAAGUCUUGAAACAAAAUAAACGUUUCAACAGUGUUUGGUGGUGAAAAUUUGGGUUCCCCCCACUGAGAGAUAUAGGUCUUCUAGCUGUGAAAUGAUGUCUCUCAAGUUGACUUCCCUGUUAGAGUUGGGCACCUUGAUUAGCGUGUGAUGAACUCCACUACUGUAGAUGGCUCCAACCAUGACAGGCCUCCGUCAUCUACUUUUUCCAACUCCAUGAUGCCCAACCUGCGGAGAUGGGACUCCAGCUCCGGGUAGCUCCAAACUUUAUAAAUAGUCCCUGAGUGUGUAAACUAGAGUUGCUUCAGUGUUCCCCAUCUGCAGGUAAUGUCUCUAGCUCGAAGGUGCAGUAAUAAAGAUUGUAGUGUCUUGUGCCAGAUGAAUGAACUUUUGGUGAGGUUUGGGAACAACAUUAUGUGGGAGCCCUCAAAGAGCAAUGGGGUUUUACCCUAAAUGACUGAAACAAGCAGAGCUUUAUCCUAAAGAGUUUGAAAGUGUAUGAUGAGGUCUGAAGUUGCAGAUGCAGAUGCUGGUGCAUUCCCGGUUUCGGUAGUUCAAAACAUGCCAUCCAUUUUUACUUGUUUGGCCUGUUUAGGUAGCAGCAAAACAGUGAUACGCUGCCGAACGUAGUGUGACAGGUCAGGGAGGAGGCCACAGUUUAUAGGAUACUGCUGACCUUCAAAUUAUAUCUCCUCCUCUGACCUUCCAACUCAUCCUUUGCCGGUCUCAAGCCCGGAUGAAAAAGGAGGAGGGUUGGGCGUGGGGAUGGCAACCUCAUCCUGGAAAAACCUCAACCGCUACAAAAACUCCAAAAAGAGAAAUAGAAACUAAUUUCCUGGAAGAUGGAGGGCCUUUGAAGAUACAUGACGAUAGGUAGUGAAAGCCAGAAGGAAGCCACCCAGCCAAUUACCCUUCUUUUAACCAGGAGAACCCACAUAGGCACGUUGAAUGUCAGGACCAUGUACGAGACAUUCAAGAUGAAGCAGGUAGCUGCCAAGAUGAAGAAGAACAAACUGGUCACACUGGGCAUCAGCAAAACCUCAUGGACACAAGCCAGACAGAGGAGACUAAUGACAGGAAACCUAUUGCUGUACUCCGGGCAGGAAGAGAAUGACACACCCCAAACGCAGGGAGUAGACUUUAUGUUGUUCAAGCAAGCACAAAGGGCACUGAUUGGAUGGGAGGCGCAUGGCCCCAGAAUCAUCAGAGCAUCCUUCAGAACCAAGCAGAAGAAGGUUAAGCUCAAUGUCAUCUAGAGUUACGCUCCAAACAAUGAUUCCGAUGAAGAAGACAAGGAUGAGUUUUACAAUAGACUGCAGAAAAUCAUAGAGACAUUCCAAGCCAGAGACAUUACAUCCUUAUGGGAGACUUGAACACUAAGAUUGGACCAGACAACACAGGAUAUGAACAAGUCAUAGGGAUACGCGGGCUGGUAGUGAUGAAUGAUAAUGUGGAGAGAUUUACGGAACUGUGUGCACUCAACAACCUGGUCAUCAGAGGUAGCAAUUUUCCUCACAAGCGGAUCCACAAAAACACUUGGGUAUCACCGGAUAGUGUGACAGAGAACCAGAUUGGCGUCCGACCACCACCUAGUAGUAGCCAGCAUGCAGCUGAAGUUAAAGAAGAACUGGAUGGAAACACAGUGUAGAGCAUGGGUCGUCAAUCUGGUCCCUACCGCCCACUAGUGGGCGUUUCAGGAAUCCAGGUGGGCGGUAGGGAUUUCCUCAUUUUGAGAGAUUGGGCGGGUGGGUGGGUGCAAGCCAGCGGUACCCCUGUGACCAGGUACCCACCAUCACCAUUUGCCGCGCGGGCUGAAAAUCGAACCAGAUAUCAAAUAUUUAGUCUUGCGGCAUCAACCUCAAGGAUCUCAUUAAUCUUUAGUAAAGGUAAUUUCAAUUUACUUUAUUGUUUUCUCAUUAAACUUUAUAAAGUUAAAAACAUUAUAAACAUGUAUAAAGUAGAAAUAAAAAGAUAAAUGUACGUCCUUUUUUUUAUUUUAAAAAAAACACCCUCCUUUCUAAAAAAUAUCCCACACUUGCGCGAAAACUGGUGGGCGGUAAGGAAAUGUUUCCAUCAAGAAAGAUGCAUUAGUGGGCGGUAGGUAGAAAAAGGUUGACUACCACUGGUGUAGAGUAAAGUAUGAUGUCAGGCACCUAAGGAUCACCAGCGGCAGGAGGAGGAGUUUGGACUUCAGUUGAAGAACAAGUUUGAGGUGCUAAAUGAGCUGCAUGAGAAAGAGGAAAGAUGUGAUGUACAGGCCAGCUGGCAGACAAUAAAAGCGACACUGAGAACAGCCUGUCAAGAACUAGUCGGAGCAAAGAAACAUCAUCAGAAAGAGUGGAUCACAGCUGAGACCUUGGGCAAGAUAGAGAGAAAACAGAAGAAGGUGGCAGUUAACAACACUGGGAUUAGGGCAGAAAAAGCCAAGGCCCAAGUGGAAUACGCAGAAGCCCACAGAGCAGUGAAGAAAAGCAUUAGGAAGGACAAGAAAGACUACAUAGAUGGACUGGCAGCUGAAGCUGAACAGGCAGCAUACAACGGCAACAUGAAACAGCUGUACGACAUGACUAAGAAACUGUCUGGAAAGUACAGCAAGCCAAAACAACCCGUCAUGGACAAGAAGGGAAAGGUCAUCACAGGACUAGUGCGGCAGAUGAAUAAAUGAUCUGAACACUUUGAGGAGCUCCUGAACAGACCAGCACCACCAAAUCCACCAGACAUCAACACAGCCAACGAAGAUCUCCCCAUCAACUGCAGCAAGCUGACUAGAGAAGAGAUUGGGAAUGCCAUCACCAUGAUGAAGAACGGGAAGGCAGCUGGACCUGACAUGACAUACCAGCAGAGGCCCUGAAAGCAGACCUGAAAUUAUCAGUGGAGAUGCUGUAAAGAUCUGAGAGGAAGAAGAGAUACCGACUGACUGGAAGGAGGGUUAUCUAAUCAAGCUUCCAAAGAAAGGUGACCUCAGCAACUGUAACAACUACAUAGGUAUCACACUCCUGUCAGUGCCAGGCAAGGUCUUCAACUGGAUCCUCCUAGAGCGGAUGAAGGACGUUGUCAAUCCACAACUAUGAGAUGAACAAGCAGGCUUCUGUCAGAAUCGAUUAUGCAUGGACCAGAUUGUAACGCUGUGCAUCAUAGUUGAGCGGUCUUUGGAGUGAACUCAUCACUGUACUUUAAUCUUGUCGACUAUGAGAAGGCAUUUGAUAGUGUGGAUCGAGAGGUCCUAUGGAAUCUCCUCUGACACUAUGGCAUCCCAGCCAUGGUGGUCAAUCUGAUCAAGUGCUCAUACGACGGAAUGACCUGCAGAGUGAUCCACGGUGAACAGCUCACCAACAGCUUCCAGGUGAAGACUGGAGUCUGACAAGGAUGCUUGUUAUCCCCGUUCCUUUUCCUCAAUGCCAUCAACUGGAUCAUGAAGACAUCCACCAGCGAAUGCAGAAAUGGAAUCCAGUGGACAUUGUGGAGUCAACUGCAUGAUUUGGACUUUGCUGACGACCUCGCACUUCUCUCCCACAGCCGGCAGCAGAUGCAAGAUCAGUGUAGGCAGCUACAUCAGCACAGGUUGGACUCAUUAUCCAAAAGGAGAUCCUAAAGACCAACUUCAGCAACAUCAACCCAAUCACCCUGAAUGGAAGUCCCCUGAAGUAAGUGCAGUUCUUCACUUACCUGGGCAGCAUCCUCAACCAGCAAGGUGAAACAGAUGCAGAUGUCAAGGCAAGGAUCAGCAACAGCUGUCUCAGAAGGAUUCUCCACAUUCGCUGACCAGUAAUACCAAUGGGAAAGGACCUGCCAACUUUAAGCAGAGGUAGAAAACUGGAAGAGAAGAUGGGGCUGGAUAGGGCAUACCCUAUGCAAACUGCUAACCAACAUCACCAGACAGGCUCUCAGAUAGAACCCCCAAGGAAAUAGGAAAAUAACAUCCAAGAAAUACCUGGUGACGCGACUUCGAGGCAGACAUCACAAGGAUGGGCUACACCUGGAGUCAACUAGAAAGAAUAGCCUAGGACAAAAGUAUCGGGAGAUCUACCUUUUGCUGCCCAUACCCCGGGAGGGGUGGAGAGCAUAAGUAAGUCUGAUCUUCCAUCGCUUCUAUCCUCUCAGAGGACUCAAGCUGUUGCCACUGUAGGUGGGCUACUCUCUGCUCUGCUGUGGGAUACCUUGUGUCGUAGAUGCUCGUUGAAGGGUCCUUGCAGUAGGCCAUGUCAGCUUCAAUGUUUUGCCGGAGUUCUGCCAGCAUAGCUUUCAGCUCAUAAGUUGUGACCGGGUACCUGGUCGGUGCCAAUUUUGUUUUGGGCCCGGGUGUAGGGUGAACCACUUCCCUUUCUCCAUGUUCAAAGAAAGCAUCUUCUGAGGAGUAAGAGUGCCAUUUUGUGCCAUACUGUCUUUUGAGACUCUUAGAUUUUAAGAGUGAGUUUUCAUUUUCUAUAUGUUUGGUGUCCUCAAAGCUUAUGCAUAAUUUACUUGUGCUUGAGAAUGUACAGGUCUCUGAAAUGUAGAUAAUAAUAUGAUAGUGAUAUGAACUAAAUAAUAUUAAGCAUAUUUUUCUAACAUGUUUAGUGCUACUAUACUUUAUAGCUUUAAAGGAAAAAGAUAGUGUAAAUAUAUAAUAAUAAGAAGAGAAAGGUGAGACCAUAAGGUCCUAAGUGAAAGAAUAGUUAAACAAGGAAAGAGAGCCCUACCUUUAUUAAACCUAAUGAGGGGAGCAGUAUAAAAAAUGGACAGAAAAUAAGGGAGGUGUUGGAAGAGGCAGUAGUUCCUCAACUUGCAUUCAAAACCUGAAUGCUAACCUUCUCAAAAUAAUGGCUUAGAGAAGGUAAUAAUUCCUCAACACAAAUACAAAUCCUAAAUGCUAACCCACUCAGAAGAGAGAGACCAGGCUAUAUCAGAAAAAAAAAUGUAUAUAUGCAAGCCUAGAUAGCAUAAGUAAAGUGUUGAGAAUAGAGAAAGCGGGUAAUAACAAUGAAAAGCUUAGGGCUAAUGGGGGGAAUGAGCCCAUAUACUUGACCUAAAGGGGAGAGAUGAAAAAAAAAAAAAAAAAUUCUCACAAAAUCCAAGCCCAAGUCUAGAACACUAUAGAAAAAGGACAGGAAUAAGUGGGUAAAUGGGUAAAAAAAAAAAUAAUACCUCGGCACUGUGACAAAAACACACAAGUGCCUACAAUAUGUAUCUCUCCCUGCCUAUUCAGGUCUAUCUAAGUUAGCUACAAAAACAAUCCAUGUACCUCAGCACUGUAUACAAGUGCCUACCUACAUACCACUCCCUGCCUGUCCAAUAAACUAGUUUCCAUUAAAUUAACCUAAAUAGAAAUUCAUAUUCUUGUGCUACCAAAUAAGUGGUAAAGAAAAGAAAAAAGAAAAUAAAUAAAUAAAUUAAAAUAUGCUCGACGCGCGUUUCGGCAUAUUAGCAUGCCGUCGUCAGGAGCAGUGAACCUGUACUGUAGCCAUGUAGCCGUUUAUAUACUACUUGUCACAUUGUAAUCUAUAUAUAUAAAUAUAUAAUAACCUACAACUACGACUGUAAUAUCCUUUAUCGUUACUUGUCAUGUUUGCAUUUCCAUAUUGUUGUAAUAGUUUUUAUUACCAUAUGUAAGAUAUUGUUUGGUGCAGUUUAGCAGCGCAGCAUUUGAGACUACUCAAAUUAUUUUACCAGACACCUUAAAAUGAUAAAAAAAAAAAUUUAAUAUAGAUAUAGCUCCUUUUUAAAUCAUAAUAACAGAAAUCACCAAAAUUGCCCUGAUCAAAAGUUUGCAUACCUUUGAAUGUUUUGCCUUGUUACAGCCACGCAAGGUGACACACACAGGUUAAAAUGACAAUUAAAGGUUUAUUUCCCACACCUGUGGCUUUGUAUAUUGCAAUUAGUGUCUGUGUACAAAUAGUCAGUGAGUUUGUUAGAUGUCACAUGGAUGCAUUGAGCAGGCUAGAGCCAUGGGGAGCAGAAAAGAACUGUCAAAAGAGCAAUAAUCGAGCCACUUUGGGGAGAUUUCAAACGUGCAGUUCGUGUAAGACGACCAAAGACUUUGCAUUACCUGGAGGCAUUUUGCCAAGCCGAAUGGGCAGCUAUACCAACUGGGUAGGGGCCUCAUAGACAACUAUUACAAAAGAUUGCACGCUGUCAUUGAUGCUAAAGGGGCAAUAUAUAGUAUUAAGAACUAAGGGUAUGCAGACUUUUGAACAGGGGUCAUUUAAUUUUUUUUCUCUGUAUCCGUGUUUUGUUUUAUGAUUGUGCUAUUCUGUUAUAACCUACAGUUGAAUAUAAAUCUCAUAAGAAAUUAAAGAGAUGUGUUUUGCCAGCUCACACUUUUUUUUUUUUUUUUAAAUGGUACAUAUAUUACCAAUUCUCCAAGAGUAUGCAAACUUUUGAGCACAACUGUAUAUAUAUUCUUAUCUCUGCCAGAUAAGUUCUGUAUGUAUGUAUCUAUAUAUAUAAAUAUACACAUACAGAACUUAUCUGGCACCCUCCUCAAGCACAACUCUUAAAUAAUGGCCUCAGUGCUCACCCACUCUCAUAAAAUAUUCCAAUAAAUGAAAGUGCUUACAGGACUUCGAGAAUGAGAUUUAUUCUGUUCAAGCUCAUACGUGACACCCACAGCAAAUGUGCAGUUUAACAUUUGUAUCCUACUGGGUCAUUAUCAAGACCAUGGGUUAAGUUAAGUUGGCCAAAAUAAAUCACAUUCUUUAAUUUCUGUGCAUUCUUUUAUUUAUUGAAGUAUUAUAUUUUAUUUAUUUUUUUCAAUAUAAUUUUAAUAUUGCAACCAUUUACAGUAUUUGUUUGUACUACUAAAUUUAGUGACUUGACUGAUGCCUGAAGGAAGAAAAAAAACAAUUUCUGUGACAUUUUAAGACAGAUUUAUCAAGGCAAAAACAGGUGGUAUUUUGAGGUAAAGUUCUAACACUAUGUAAACCAAUAGGAUGUGACUGAACAUUUAGUACUUUGUACCCAAAAUAGCAUUUGUUUAGCCUUAAUAAAUCCCAUUAAUUUGGCAGAAGUUUUCUGAAGCUGCAUUAUGUGCAUUAUUACAUGCAUGCUCAUCUAAAUAGUUUCUGUUUUGUGUUUCAGGAAUGCUUUGCCUUAUGCUCAGUCUGAUACUUAUAGUAUUGCAUAUAAGGAAGCCAACGAUUUUGAAGCGCAUAUUUAAUGACAUUGAUGCAGCAAAAAAAAUCUCGGACUCAGAAGAAGUACUUUUCUUGGAUGACAAUCAAACGAUAAUGUUACAGCAGAUGCUCUAGUGAAGUCAGUACUAUAAGAUAUAUAUCUUGACUCAUUUUCUACUACACCUAUUGGAUGUGCUCCAGAAAGGCAACAUUUAGCGUUCAAAUGGAAGACUUUCUGAAAAGGACUCUGUCGUACUUGUACACAACCUCUUUGGAACUUAUAACUUUCAGUAGAUAUUCAGCAGAAAUUUUGCACAGGCAGGGAAGGAGUUGAGAUUCCUGAAGAAUAAUUUCCCAUUUCAAAAUAUUAAAGGAUACAGUUUAAUGCUAAUUAUUCUGAUGGACAAUACAUGUUACUUUGACUAAGAAAUGGAUACUCUCAAAAUUGUAAAUACUUGCCACCAAAACCCAGGAAGAAAAUAUCAUUUAACAUGUUUUAUAUGUUUACAUAAUCAGGUUUUCCAUCAUGGAAAAGUUUCAGCCUACACAACUGUAUUAACAUUCUAUUCUGCUAAAAUAACAAACAAGCAUUAACUGAAUGAAGAUACUUUCAGAAAGGCAACAGUGGAAUAAAAAAAAAUGAUUCAGAUGUCCAUCUACCUGCAUAUCAUCCUAGUGAAAUUUUAAACAUUUGGUGCCACCAGUAAUAUUAAGCUUAAGAAGUCUAGUGACAAUGCAUAUUCAUCCAUGCAUGUUGUAUUUGUUGAACUUGAUUUCUACCUGUUCUCCACCUUGAGACAGGUGGUAUCUGCAUUUUCUGAUGCCACAAGCCACCAUGGCUUAGCUUCCACACUCGGACAUUUCCUCAGAGUAAAGAACAAUUAGCUUAAACCAAUCUUCAUGCUUUUCACUGGAUUAUGCAGGCCUUUUAUAAUUGAGAGUGGUGUGUGUAUCCCUGUUAGAUACUCUUUAGAACAAUCCUUCUGUCCCACCUCUCUUCCUUCUGUGCCUUAGUUGUCUUAUAUCAAGGCCAUGGCUCUAGUUACUGAAUAUCCUUUAUUUUAUUUCUCUUUACUGUCCUGGCACUAGGCAUUACAAUAUAAUUAUAUCAGUUCCGACGCAUUACUGUUGCUUCCAAUUUUGGAAACUCCUAUUUUCCCUAAUAACUUCCACAUAGUAUGAGAUCAAGGUAGAAGGAGAAAUCUGUCCCAAGACAAAGAUAAAACUUAAAUGUUUAUUGGUAACACACUAAAAAUAAUGACAACACAUGUGUUUAUAAACCUAGGUCUAAAUGAUAAUGGGC